CUCCCGCUCGCAGUGACUCUCUCCCGCCACGCCAGUCGUCGUGGAGAUGUCGUUGCCAUCGAUGGAUGCUUAUUCUGACCGCGAGAAGUACGAGCAGCACGUCAAGCAGGAGCUCCACAUGAUUGACAACGACCUCAAAGACUGGUUCCUCACGCGCAGAAUCGGCAUCGAGGUCACAACAACGGCAGACAGGCAGACACACACACAGAUCUUAGGGGCAGGCAGGCAGACAGGCAGACACACAGACACACACAUAUCUUGUUGCCGGAGAUCUGUGUGCCUGUUGUGUGUUGGGGUGUGCUCCUGGUGGUCGCAGAAGGCGCAGGGUAUGAGGAAGCAGCUUGAGAGUCUGAAUGCGACGGGCCUGGCGAUGAACAACGCUGACGUGCCGCCGACACAGAUGGUCCUGUGGAACGACAUCGUCCAGGGAAGGGUAGGCACAAACGAAGACAGGCAGAAGGGCCAAUCGAUCCUUCAUGCACACACCUGCCUCUAUGUGCGUGUGUGUGCUGUCAGCCCGACAUGGAGGACUCCCUCAGUACGGACGCCAGGGAAAUGAAGGUGGGGCGGGUACCAGACACAGAGCCCUGCAGACACAGAUCUCUCUCUCAUCGCCGACUUGCCUGUGUGUGUCAGGCUGAGAAGUACAUGAAGCUGUUCAAGGACUCGACCACCGUCCAGCACCCGUGCCGCAUUCCUGGUAUGGGUGUGAUGAGCCCUUCUCCCCCCUUCUUUCUUCGUCCGUCCAUCUGUCCAUUUAUCCAUUCUGCCUUGUCAGGCGUCGCGUACCUGCGGUGUCUGCACGAGAACUUCAAGGAGACCUCACAGGUAACUCACACACGCAGAGGCACGAUAUGCAGCGAGCCGCACUUGUAUCCUGUGUUGGUUGUCUUUAUCUGUUGUGUUGGUUUCGUUGUGCAGGCCCGCACCAAGAAGUGCAUGUACUCGUUCACGUCUUUCGACGCCUGCCGCAAGGCCCUCCUCAAACAACAGAGCGUCGCCAUGGAGUAAGCAACAUGCACAUGCACAACACACAUGGCUGGCCAGAACAGGCAGAAAGACAUCCAUCCACACGUGUGCGUGCGUGCGUGUGUAUGGAUGUCUGUGUGUGUAUGUUUGUGUGUCAGGAAUGCCAUGACACGGCAGGAUCUCGCGGAUCGGAGGGCCAAGGUGAGGAGGCAGCACAUCACAAGCUCUCACACGUGGCUUCGUGCGUGAGUGCAUCCAUGUGCGACCGUAUAUGCAUGAUCAGGCCAUGUUUGAGAGGCGUGCGGUGCUGCUGGACAGCCUCUCGGGGCAGCCAGGACAGUGAAUGAGCCAAGACUUCUCCGCUAACUGACACUGUCUGACACCCUUUUGCCUGCCUGCCUGCCUGUCUGCCUGCGUGAUAUCGCGCCUGCCUUGAUGUGUCUUGAUGCA